AUGCCCUGUCCCAGCUCCUGCCCCCCCGGGCUCUUAGCUCUGAUGGCACCUGGGCUGGCGCUCAUGGCCACCUUCUCGCUGUCCUCCCAGGCCGGGGACAGGAGAGCGCUGCCGGUGGAGAAACCUCCAGGUGUGAAGGGAAGAACUCUCAUUCUCCUUGAUGUCAACACCAAGAGCCCUGUCAGGAUAAUCAGUGAGAAUUUCCUCUCCCUGCAGCUGGACCCCUCCAUCAUUCAUGAUGGCUGGCUCGAUUUCUUAAGCUCCCGGCGCCUGGUGACCCUGGCGCGGGGCCUGGCUCCCGCCUUCCUGCGCUUCGCGGGCAAGAGGACCGACUUUCUGCAGUUCCACAACGUGAAGAAUCCGGCCAAGACCCGCGGCGGGCCCGGCCCCGACUACUACCUCAAGAACUACGAGGACGACAUUGUUCGCAGUGACAUUGCCCUGGAUAAGCAGAAAGGCUGUAAGAUCGCCCAGCAUCCUGACAUUAUGUUGGAGCUACAGAGGGAAAAGGCAGCUCAGAUGCACUUGGUUUUGUUAAAGGAGCAGUUUUCAAACACAUACAGCAACCUCACAUUAACAGCCAGGUCUCUAGACAAACUCUAUAACUUUGCUGACUGCUCUGGCCUUCACCUGAUCUUUGCACUGAAUGCUCUGCGCAGAAAUCCCAAUAACUCCUGGAACAGCUCCAACGCGCUCAGCCUGUUGAAGUACAGUGCCAGCAAGAAAUACAACAUCUCCUGGGAGCUGGGCAAYGAGCCCAAUAACUAUCGGACUCUAAUUGGCCGUUCGGUGAACGGCAGCCAGCUGGGGAAGGACUACAUCCAGCUGAGGAGCCUGCUGCAGCUUAUCCGCACUUAUUCCAGAGCAAACCUCUAUGGGCCAAACAUUGGGAGGCCCAGGAAAAAUGUCAUCGCUCUCCUGGAAGGGUUCAUGAAGGUGGCCGGCAGCGCCGUGGAUGCUGUUACCUGGCAACAUUACUACAUUGAUGGCCGAGUGGCCAAAGCGACGGACUUCCUGAAAACGCGCCUGUUGGACACGCUAUCUGACCAGAUCAGGAAAAUCCAGAAAGUGGUGAACACAUACACGCCRGGGAAGAAGAUCUGGUUGGAAGGCGUUGGAGCUACCUCAGCUGGAGGCAUGAACAACCUCUCCGAUUCCUACGCCGCUGGGUUCCUGUGGCUGAACACACUGGGGCUGCUGGCCAGCCAGGGCAUCGAYGUGGUGGUGCGGCACUCCUUCCUCGACCACGGGCACAACCACCUCGUGGAUCAGAACUUCAACCCGCUGCCGGACUACUGGCUGUCCCUGCUCUACAAGCGCCUCAUCGGCCCCAAGGUGCUGGCGAUCCACGUGGCCGGCCUGCAGCGGAAGCCGCGGCCGGGCAGGGUCAUCCGCGACAAGCUGCGCAUCUACGCCCACUGCACCAGCUCGCACAGCCACAACUACGUCCGCGGGUCCAUCACCCUCUACAUCAUCAACCUGCAUCGCUCCCGGAAGAAAAUCAAGCUGGCGGGGACGCUGCGGGAUAAGAUCGUCCACCAGUACCUGCUGCAGCCCUACGGCAAAGACGGGCUCCACUCCAAGUCGGUGCAGCUCAACGGGCAGCCGCUGGCCAUGGUGGACGACGGCACCCUGCCCGAGCUGAAGCCUCGGCCGCUGCGGGCCGGCCGCACGCUCGUCAUCCCCCCGCUCACCAUGAGCUUCUACGUGGUGAAGAACGUGAACGCGCUGGCCUGUCGCUACCGGUAGCCCGGCCGGCAGG